AGAAAAUAGAAGUUAGCUCUCAAGUCUUCUUGUUCACCGGUUCUCAAUAGAGUCCGGGUCAGGCUCCGCUGUGAUCUUCUUCUUCAGGAAAGAAAAUGGAGAUCAACUCUCAAGUCUGAUCUUCUUCUUCAGCGCUUCUCAAUAGACUUGGGUGCAGCUGUCCCCACUCCACUCCCUCGCCCCCUCCAUUUUCUUUAAGCUCUCCAUCAGCUAUUGCUAUCAUUAAUAGUUGGGAAGAGUGAUUGGUGAAUGAGAGGAUAAUACUAUACUUGAUGGAUUUGUUUGUAAUAUGGUUGUUUAUUGCAGCCCAUCAAUCUGUAGAGAUAGUAUUGUUUGUAACAAUGGAUCAAGGAAAAAGACCACUAAACCUUCCGUCUGCAUCAAUGGAUGGAGAAAAAAGGCCAACAAACCUUCCUUCUGCAUCAAACAGUGAGGACGAUCUUACUAAAAUCAUUAGAGAACAAGCCCUUCGAUUCCUUCCUGCUAAAUCAUUGUUCAGAUUCAAGGCUGUUUGUCGAAAGUGGAAGCACCAUAUUUCAACACCAUCCUUCCACCUUAAUCAAUCAUUUCGUUUCACUGACAUAACAGGCCCUUUUUGUCAGCCUCCUCAAAGUCCUCCUGUCUUCAUACCAAUUCAUCCAACAUCUGCUGGUGUGCCAGAUCCAUCUUUGAGCUUUCUGCCAGAGCCUAUUGUCAUUAGGGCCUCAUCAAAUGGGCUUUUGUGUUGCCAAGGACGAAAUGAAGACGAUCUUAUUGAUAUCAUUAGAAAACAAGCCCUUCCAUUCCUUCCUGCUAAAUCAUUGUUCAGAUUCAAGGCUGUUUGUCGAAAAUGGAAGCACCAUAUUUCAACACCAUCCUUCCACCUUAAUCAAUCAUUUUGUUUCACUGACAUAACAGGCCUUUUUUGUCAGCCUCCUCAAAGUCCUCCUGUUUUCAUACCAAUUCAUCCAUCAUCUGCUGGUGUUCCAGAUCCAUCUUUGAGCUUUCUGCCAGAGCCUGUUGUCAUUAGGGCCUCAUCAAAUGGGCUUUUGUGUUGCCAAGGACGAAAUGAAGACAGGGACUACUAUUUGUGCAAUCCAGUUACAAAACAAUGUAAAAAACUUCCAAAACCUACUGCUUCUCAUGGAUCUAAGCCAGCAUUUGUGGUGAUACUUGAACCAUCACAGCUCACCAAUAAUGUAUCCGAGUUCAAACUCGUUUGUGCCUUCGAAGCUACUGAUUUCGAUGAUGCAAUUGGAUUUGAAAUAUACUCCUCCAAGAAUAACUCUUGGGAUGUUUCUGGGGACAUUUUUUUGGGAGCUAAAACAGCUACUCUGGGAUUUGGUGUUCAUGUCAAUGGAGUUGUUUACUGGCCUGUGAAGAGUGGUGGAAUUGUUUCUUUUGAUCUAACAAAGGAUAAGUCACAAUUACUGGACAACGUGGAUCCUAAACGCAUUAACUGCGUACUGGGAACAUAUUAUGGAACGCUUUGUAAGGUUUAUAUCCUAUUGCGUUACACAGAUGUGCGGGUCAACGUCAUGGUUCAUAUCCCAAUGCCUCACAAACUAAAAAUGUGGGAAUUAUUGUUUUCAAAAAGAAAAAUGUGGGAAUUAUUGUGUUGCGCUGUUUAUCGUAGCGACACUUAUAUGCCGUUGAAUACUAUUGCCUCCAGAGUUGUUGCUAUAGGCAGAGAAGAGGUGGUGGUUAAGUGUGGGAACCAAUUAUACUCCUAUAAUUUUCAAAGCAAGGAAACUAGAACAUUGAUCAAGCCAGAUGAAUCGAAUUAUGAGAUAUGUGUGCCCUAUGUGAAUAGCCUUGUUUCCCUCUCAGCUUGCCCUCUGUUAACCUCAUGUACUUGACUUUCAUAAACUCCAUCUCAAGCUCCUACUUUGAACAUACAGUGAUACAUGAUCAAUCUAGUUAAGGGAAUAUAUAAUGUGUGAUGUUCUUCUACCAUUUUUUUUUGUUUCUUUUGUAUUUGAAUUGUGGAAAGAGUUUCAUUGUGUCAUCUUUAGUUCAGCAGUAUUUCUAGUUAACUGAUGAGGAGGUUAAUAUUGUUUAGUCUUUUGAUGAUAUGAAGGGUCUUUAAUUUUUGUA